CGCCUCUCUCGAAUCUCCAAAGCAAAAACACCACGACAAUGUCAGCGCCCAGUCCCGGAGGCGAUGCCACCGCGGCUCCUCCAGCGCCCUCGAAGCCGCGCCUCAAAAUCAACGUCAGCCGCUCGGCGUCCUUUGUUGGCGACGGCGCGCCCACGCCUGGAGGAGCGCCUCCGUCUGCAACUGCGCCGCUGCCGACGCCUGGCGAAGGGGCUCGCAAGGUGAAGCUCAAGAUCAGCUCGUCGCAGCCGCCCACGCCGGCGGGCCUGCCGCCGGUGGUGACGACAAAAGCGGGCAGACAAGCGAAACCGAGUCAGAAGCUCAUCGAAAGCAAGAAGCGCUCGCUCAGCGACGACGAAGACGAGGCGCCGCUGCGCGGCGGCGGGACAAAGGUCAAGACGGGAUCCAAGGCUGGGCUCACUCAAUUGGUGCUCAAGCCUCGUGGUCGCCCGCCUGUCCACCCUCCCGGUGAUGGCUACGACUCCGAAGCGAGCGAUAACGAAAUCGAUCCGGCAAUCGAGGAGCAGUUCAUAUUGCGCAUGCUGCCGGGCGAGCACGCCGAUUACGUGCGCUGGUGCAUGGAGAAUGGCAAGAUUGGCCUGCCCAAGUCAGCUGGCGGUGCUGAUCUCUACAUGAGGUUCUUUGAGGAGGAAUCCCGGCGCGCGGUUGUGUGCGUCAAGGGCCAGUGCUUUGCGGCAGUCCUGGUUGAUCUGCCUACCAUUACGGAAUCCAUGAAGACGUGGGACCGCAAGUCGCUCAUGAAGUCGGCCGACAUCUGCCAGAUGCUUUUGGUAUUCCAGGCUGUCAAGAGCGAAGAGGAGGCGAGGCACGUGCCUUUGCCCAGCAUCAUCGAUUCAAACUUCAAGUGGCCACACGGCCUGACACCGCCGAUGCACGACUGCGUGAACAGACGAUUCGCCAAGACCAUCAGCCGCAAGGAAAUCGAGGACAAGGAAGCAGAGGUCGAACGACUUCUCGCCGAGGAUGCUAAAUGCGGCUCUACCAAGUGGGAAUGGGUCGACGAACGCAACAAUGCCGAAGAGGAAGGGGAGGAGGACGCUGAAGGCGAAAUGGACGAUAGUCUCGGCUACUUUGGCCAACAGCAUGAAACCCAAGGGGUGGAGGAAGAGAACGACUUUGACCUUGAAGCCGACCUGGAGGCAGCCUUUGCUGACGAGCUGUUUGCCGAGACCCCUGCCACGGCCAUGGACACGCAGACUCCAACAGCUGCGCUCGCCACUCCAUCGGCGUCGGCGGCCCUACAGGAAAGCAUUGAGCAGAGUGAAUCUGAAGAGGACGAUGACGAUGACGACGACGACGAUGAUGAUGACGACCUCGAUGAAGAUGCACGUGCCCGUCGUGACGAGGAGCACAGCGUCAAGGAAAUGAUCAAUGACUUGACGAGACAACUCGCCUCGCGCGUUGCCGACCUUGAACGGACACAAAACAAGAUUCUCAGGACCCGUCUCGAAAACCAGAUCAAGUCGCUCAAGGCCGAGAUUGCGCUCAAGCAGUCUUCCAUCGGAAUCGAGGCGGACGACUGA